AAGAAAAUUAUCGCUGAGAGUGCAUUAUACAGAGGAUCAUAUCGUUCGAAUUUGAAAAGAACUUACGAAUAUUCCUAAAUAAAGACAAUAUAGAACAGCUUCUACCAAAGAUAUAUAUUAUUAGAAUUAUUACGUGCUUCGAAAAGCUAGAUCUUCAUAGAUUCCCUUUUCAUACUUAUAAAAUACGCUGUGAUUAAUAUUAUUAAUUGGUUCUAAGUUACUAUACUUUGUUAAAGCGUUUGAUAGUAUUACACAAAUAUUUUUAUUUAUUUACGUUGUUGGAAUUUGUUUUCAUUCUAUCGAGAGAGAAUUUUUCAUAUUAUACAAAGCAGUCUAUAUAUUUGUUGUUUGAUAUUGGAGAAAUUUAUAGAUGCGUUUGAUGGGAGGAGACUGUUAUGUUCGAGUUCAACUUGUCUGACAAACUCUAUUGUAUCUGGCAUCGUGCUAUCGGACUAGCCGAGUUCCUGUAUCCCUGUUUCGAGCCGGAUAACAGUGACGAAUUCCUACUGAAACAUUUGAAGGAUAUCCCAGUGGAAAGAUUGGUGUAACAGUGGCUGAUGUUCCACAAGGCUCUAACUUUGGUGCAGUAAUUUUUCUGUGAUAUAAUUUUCUAGUGUGCGCUAAGUGAUUUGAUUAGUUAGAUUUAAUUUUGGAAAUAAAAUGGUAGUUCUUGAGAACUUGGAUGAGCUGAGCAGGGCACAGGAGCCCCCCGUCGCUGCGGCCCCCCAAACCAUAAUUCCCCAGCUGCCCGGACACCGAUCCACCAUGAAACUGCUUCCGAAGAGGUUCAUCAACAUUCACCAAUGGCUGAGUCCGUUGAGUGCCAAGAACCUCAAAGAAAGUGUGGUGAGUGUUGCAUUAUUAUUGGAGCGAUCAUUUUGUGAUAGAGAGUGAGUACAACCUACUUUU